AUGCCCUGCCCAUUUGCACGCUACGCUCCAGCUGCAGCGCUCGCUCUCACACCCGAGCAGCUUGCCGCCCACUACUCGUCGCAUGCUUCACACCAUCACCACGAUGCCUCUCACGCCUCUUCUUCAUCGCAAUACCCCUUGCUCUCUGAGCACCUCAAGCACGCGACCGCAAAGGCUCACCGCGAGGUCGAGUCUAGCGCUGGUGUCAGGAAGCUCAUGGGAUUCGGCAAGGGCGGCAGUGUAGACGAAGAUGACGGCAAGGUCUUUGGUCGACUGGACUACGUCAGAUGGAUGAUCAUGCUCGGUUGCAUCUAUGCUGCUCUCGAGUCUCCUCUCCUCUCGCAAGAUGCUGCGCAGGCGCCGAUGCUUGCUCCUCUCCUCGAAGCGGUGCUUCCUGAUCAGAACGUAGCCUCAACGUCAACGUCGACAUCUGUUCGCCUCCUACCCCACCUCCUCCGCCUCCCGGCCAUUCUGCGCGACGUGCACGUUCAUCUGCAAAUUCUGGCAAGGAGUAGUGGCAACGAGGAGGGCGCUGGUCUCGACUGGGCCGAGCUAGUCGAAGAAUCCAACGAGCAGAUCCAGGCUGGAGAUAGGGACAUCUACGACGAGCUUGCGAGGUGCUUGAGCAUCACGUCCCAACCAUCUCUCAUCGCAGCCGCACUGCCGUCCUCUUCUUCCUCUUCGCCAGAACUCACAACGCAGCAUCUUCGUCUACUCUCACCGACCGAAGCAGAGUCCUCUCUAGUAUACGUCAAGCGCUUGCAAGCCCUGCCUCAUGCCAGCGGUGAUCUCCUCCUCUCACACGCCUACGUGCGAUAUCUCGGCGACCUUUCAGGAGGACAGCACAUCCGCAAGCGCGUCGAGAAGCUGUUUCCCCUCGACGACGACGCUCGCUCCGCCACCACACCAGCCGGCUACGAGUUCUACGACUUCCCAAGGAGCGAGGAGAAUGACCAGGAGAGUGACGCGGCAUGGCACCGUCGACUGAAAGACGCCUUCCGUGUCGCCAUGGACAGUAGUAUCGCUUCGGCCAUUGCCUCGAGCGAGGUCUUCAACAGCCCCGGGUCAGCAUCUCACUCUACCAUCUCCCGCGUGCUCUUCAGGAGGUCAGCAGAGACGUCUCAUGACCAGCUCGUCACACGGCUCCUCUCCGCGCAAGGCUCAGAAGCCUCCCUGGCAUUCGAGCUGAACAAGGACCUCUUCGAAGGCCUGAUCGGAGCACGACCCGUCGCCAUUCUAGGAGCCAUCCCGACUACAUUGCAGCAGCAGCAGCAAGCACAGCGACCAACACCCUAUACUGCCACGUCCGACUUUUCCCUCUCGAGUAGCUCCGCCUCGAGUGUCAUGGGCGAUGAGACGGAUACGGACUUCUCUGCCUCCUCUUACUCUUCGGAAGACGAGUCCGCUGGUAGGAAGGGCGGGGAGGCGUACUCCCUCCUAGAGAAGCACAUCAAUCUCGCUCUCCACGCGUCCUCCUCCUCUCCCUCUGGCUCGGCAUCCGGAGCAGCCCUACCGUCCGUCAUCUUCGCCUCCGCUUCCACCACCGGAAAGACGAAAGUCUCAUCUGGCUGCCCGGUCACCCGGGCAAAGAAUGCAAUCGCCGCCGCUUCGCCACUGAUCGCCACGGCGCUCCUCGUGGGCGGGUCAGUCGUGCUGCUGAGGGCAGCUUUGUCUACUUGA